AUGGUAGCCGUUGACGCACAGGCACGGAUUGCUUUCGUGUCUGAGAGGGAUGGGAACCCUGAAAUCUACGUGAUGGUUGAUGGGAAGAAUCAGCGAAGACUCACUAAUACUCCCUCUGUUGAAUGGGAUCCCUCAUGGGCUCCGGGCGGUAAACGCAUUGUCUUUAGUUCCAAACGAGAUGGGAAUAGUGAAAUCUACGUGAUGGACGCUGAUGGGAAGAAUCCGCGAAGGCUCACCAUUAAUCGCCGUAACGAUUGGCAUCCCUCAUGGUCGCCGGACGGUGAACGGAUUGCUUUUGCGUCUGAUAGAGAGGGGAACUUCGCAAUCUACAUGGCAGACACCAAUGGGAAGAAUCCGCAAAGACUCACCAAUCAUCGCCGUAGUGAUUGGCAUCCCUCAUGGUCGUCGGACGGUGAACGGAUUGCCUUUGCGUCUGAUAGAGAGGGGAACUUCGCAAUCUACGUGAUGGACGUCGAUGGGCAGAAUCAACAAAGACUCACCAAUAAUCUCCGUAGCGAUUGGCAUCCCUCUUGGUCACCGGACGGUGAACGGAUUGCCUUUGCGUCUGAUAGAGAGGGGAACUUCGAGAUCUAUGUGAUGAACACCGAUGGGCAGAAUCAACAAAGACUUACCAAUAAUCUCCGUAGCGAUUGGCAUCCCUCUUGGUCACCGGACGGUGAACGGAUUGCCUUUGCGUCUGAUAGAGAUGGGGACUUCGAAAUCUACGUGAUGGGCGUCGAUGGGCAGAAUCAACAAAGACUCACCAAUAAUCUCCAUGGUGACGCUGAUCCUGCGUGGUUUGAUCCUGUUUUUGCAGUUGCUCCCGCAGGCAAAAAGUUCACGAUGUGGGGAUGGUUCAAACAGGUCAACCGAUAA